AUGAACUGCUCAGUGAGAGGAGGAAACAAUGGUGAGAGUGACUACUGGAGGAAACUGGUUGUGAACUGUAGCUUCAAGACACUGCAAUUCAUACCCUCAAAUUACAGUCAAACCAUCACCAAACUAAUUCUCAGCAAUAACUUCAUAGCGUUAUCCAGCGCUGAUGAAGCUGCUCUGAAGAACUACUCCAAUCUGAUUGAGCUCCAUCUAGAUGGUAACUUGUUGACUGUCCUGCCAGGGAAGCUGUUUGAGGCCAUGUCAAAGCUGGAGGUCCUCGACCUGUCCCACAAUAACAUCAGUAGAGUGGAGCCAAAGGCGUUGGCUGGCCUGGUUAACCUGAGGGAGCUGGACCUGUCCUACAAUCGUCUACAGUCACUACCUCUACAUCUACUGGAUGAUUUAAAGAAGCUGUCUAUCCUCAGGCUAGCGGGGAACACACUGCGGGAGUUCGACAUCUCUGUGGAGAGCAUUUCAUUAAAGGUGCUAGAUCUGAAGAGAAAUCCCUGGAACUGUUCUUGUGUAUUUCUCAACCGGAUUAAAUCGAUUACCGACUCAAAGGUUCAGAUAAGAGUCUCAAAUGCCACCUGUGCCAGCCCUGAGGACCAGUCCGGUAAAGGGAUCCUGGACAACGGUACCAGCUGCUCUUCGGGGUCAUCAUCAACAACAACAACACUUCCCCCACCUACAACUCAGUCAACCACUAAGCCAACCUCAGCCCAGACCACUACACACUCAGUGUCACUUGCAGUUGCUGCAAAUGCAAGCCUCGUCUUAACCGGUGUGGGCCCAGUCAGUGGCAGUGGGGUGCCAGUGGUGGGGAACACCUGGAAGUUUCUCCUGGGUGUGGUAGCCAUCGCCCUGACCACCUCUAUGCUCAUCGUGUGUGCCGUCAAGGCACCAUCCUGGUACAAGCUGCUGUUCAACUACCGGCACCAGCGGCUGAGAGAUGACGAUGAUGCCGGCGUGUACUCUACGGGCCGCUACUCUAGUUUCAGCUUGGACACGGAGCAAACGGAGACCAGCGCCCAUGAGCUGGACCACGGGCUAGACGGGUUGGAUAAUGAGGAGGAUGGAUACAUAGAGGACCGUUAUAUAGAGCCUGGGGUCUAUGAAGACAACAGAUAACCAUAAUGCUCUCUGAGUUGCUCCUAGCCUUCUGGUUGUGUAUGUCUGUUUGAUUUGAUUUGGAUAUCUCUUAGUCCUCACUUGGACGAAUCUGCCAAGAGUCCUGAGUUUUGGUAUUAUGACAUAAAAAAUGAUCCCUUUCCAUUGAAAUAAUGGACGAUAAAUUAUCCAAUUCUACUCUAUUCACUGAUAGUAUCAGAAGGCCACGGUUGUCCGUCCGUAAACCGCGCAUAGCCUGCUGAUUAUCAUUUAUUAUUUGGCCUUUUUUUGACAAAAACGUGCACCUAAAAGUUGUGUACAUUUGUAAAUAUUUGCAAGUUUUGAAAAGUUUGGAAUUCAGGGAAAGGACCGACCAUGUGAGGUGUUUUGAGGUCGUGAUUUAGGCUACUUGCAACGUUCUACUGCCGGAGACAUAGUGUAGGUAAUCAACGUUUUGUCUUAUUAAAUAGAUAUUUGAGUACUUACUCUCGUCUCUCUGCGAAUAUGACAUCCACAACUCUGUCGUUCUGUAUUUUUCAGCUAGAAGAAUAUAGUAUGCAAACAGUUAGGGUUAGGGCUGAAUGAAGGAAUGAAUACAUGAAUACCAGGCGGUGAUGCAACCGGUCAGGAUGCUCUCGAUGGUGCAUAUGUAGAACCGUUUUGAGGAUCUGAGGACCUAAUGUCAAAUCUUUUCAGUCUCCUGAGGGGGAAAAGGUUUUGUCGAGCUCCUCUUCACGACUGUCUUGGUGUGUUUUAUUUCAUUUUUAAAUAUAUUUUUAAACUGAAUUGUUGGUUAGGGGCUCGUAAGUAAGCAUUUCACUGUAAGGUGUAAGGCAUUUCACUGUAAGGCAUUUCACUGUAAGGCAUUUCACUGUAAGGCAUUUCACUGUACCUGUUGUAUUCGGCGCAUGUGACAAAUACAAUUUGACUUGAUUUAAUAAUAUUAGGUACAUUUCAUAUUCACAAAUGCAAAUGGUCUAAUUCAACUAAUUCAAAACCUAACUUUUUUCACUUUAUAAAUGAAUGUAAACAAUAUGGCACCACUUUAACUAAAAGGAAAAACAACAAGGCAACUAAAAGUUGUUUUAUUUUUGAGAUUUGUUUGUUUGGGAUUCCUGGCAAUGUAAAUAGUUUAUAUGUAAUCUGGUUUGCGUGUGACUAUUCCUAUUUUGUUUGUUGAUAUUUGUUUGUUAAUAAAAAAUAAUAUUAAAAAACAGACGUAACCACA